UAAGUGGUUUUCUUGGAAAAUUAGCUCAUCUUGAGGCACAAAAGCUGAAUAAAUGAUAGAGAUCAGAAGAAGUAACAGCUAUGCUAAGAAUUAGGUUAAAAUAGGAUAAAAACAGGAAAUAUCAAAAUCAAGGGAAAGGAGGAGGAACAUUUUCUGAAGCCAUGGAUCUCUGCUUUUGAUACCAUAUUGAAUGAAAAACUGAUGCCAACUUGGGAUAGAGGGGUGGACAUCCUGAAGAUUGUGGGUUAUUAUUCAUCAGAAAAGACUGAAUAUCUGUAUGUAUGAGGGAAGGUGAUGUGUUCUCAAUGGAAGGUUCUAUUCGGUUGGAUAGUGCGAGAGGUUGAAAGGUUAGGAUGUAUAUUGAAGCUAUAGAAUAUGAGUGAACCAUUUGGGAAAAUGAUUUGAAGCUAGUGGGUGUGGGUUGAAGAAGGCUGUCCCAAUAGGGUAAUGGUUGUAUUGUUGUUUGUGAAGGUAAGGCUUGGAUUGGCGAAGCUGACAGAAAUUUCCCCUAUCGUUGAUAGACAUUCUAGACAAAUGUUGAAAAACCAGGUCAAUGAAAUGGAAACACGAAAAGAAAAAAAUGCACAAUUGAGCACUUGAGAUAGAUAGAGAAUUUAGUAGAUAUUUUUUUUAGAAAAAAAGCGAACAACAAAGGCGGUCCUUUUUAAAAAGGAAAACAGGGAUGCUGCAGAAGAAAACUGAAACAAAAUUGAAGAAUAUAGUGAAAACUGAAGAGUGUAUUUUAAACUGAGAUUUCGUACAAGAUGAAACCAAAUAAUAAAAAGAUAAUAGAACUUUUAUGUGGAAGAAAGUGAAAGCUUGUGAAAUAGAGUAAUUAAAAUAUGAAACAGAAAGAAGAACAUACAUAAAAUAACAAGAAAUAAUUUACAUACUAGAGAGUUUUAUACAUAUCUAUAAAGCUCUUCUCUAAAUUUAAAGCUCAUAUGUUGAAACCUGUAGCAAGGCAUCUUCCAAGUGCAAAUAGAGCAUCAAGCUGUGAGAAAUUGUUUUAGUAAAAUAUAUAAGUAUCCCUAAAUUUUACAAUCCAAUUGGUUUAAAAGGGAGAAUCAGGGAGGAGUUAUCAUGAGCAACCUUUCAUCUUGUAACAGAAGCCGGACAAAUGUGUUAGAUGAUGCCAUUGACUGCACUGCAUAUCAUCAUCACGGAGUUACUAGAUCAUGUGUACAACCAUGCAAACUAUCAUCACGAAGUUACUAGAUCAUGUGUACGACAAUGCAAACUAUCAUCACGAAGUUACUAGAUCAUGGGUACAAAACCAUGCAAACUAUCAAGUAUUGCUUUUCUGAUCAAACAUAAAUUUUGCACACUAGAUUACUUCCUUCCUUUCAUAUCGGAUGUUGCAGUUACAUAAUACAGUUUCUCUAAUAAAGCAUUUUGUGUAGAAGACCAUGGAAAAUAUAUUGGAUUUUGUGAAGCAUUCUAUAUUAUAUAUUCUGCUUUUCUGAUCAAACAUAAUUUUUGUACACUAGAUUACUUCCUUUCAUAUUGGAUGUUGCAGUUACAUUAUACCUGUUCCUGUAAUAAAGCAUUUUAUAUCUGGUGUAGAAGAAAAUGGAAAAUAUAUUGGAUUUUGUUCUCUGGGUUUGUCAUGCCAGACUACUGAAAAUGUGCACCUCAGAAACCAUUUUAGCAUGAGACCUGAUAUGACUGGGGUGAUUGUAAGCAAAAUUAAUCCACUUUCAGAUGCAUACAAGAUUUUGAAGAAAGAUGAUAUUAUACUUUCAUUUGAUGGUGUUCUUUUAGCAAAUGAUGGGACAGUUCCUUUUCGAAACAGAGAACGGAUAACAUUUGAUCACUUGGUGUCUAUGAAGAAACCUAAUGAAAAAGCAGUAGUCAGAGUUCUGCGGGAUGGCCAAGAGCAUGAUCUUAGCAUUAUUCUCCAGCCCAUCCAACCGCUAGUUCCAGUCCAUCAGUUUGAUAAACUUCCAAGUUAUUACAUUUUCGCUGGUCUGGUAUUUGUUCCACUCACUCAGCCAUACCUUCAUGAGUAUGGGGAAGAUUGGUAUAAUAGUUCACCUCGUCGUUUGUGUGAGCGGGCACUAAGGGAAUUGCCCAAGAAAGCAAAUCAACAACUUGUUAUCCUCUCUCAGGUCUUGAUGGAUGAUAUCAAUGCUGGAUAUGAGCGUCUUGCAGAAUUACAGGUUUUGAAGGUUAAUGGGACAGAAAUUGACAAUCUAAAACACUUGCGCCAACUUGUUCAAAGCUGUAAUGCAGAAUUCUUACGAAUUGAUUUGGAUGAUGAUCGAGUCAUUGUCUUGAACUAUGAAAUGGCAAAAGCUGCCACUUCGAGCAUUUUGAAGCGUCACAGAAUACCUUCGUCAGUGUCCAUUGAUCAUCUUGACACAGAAUAAUUACAAUUCGGACUGACAUGCUCAUUUUGAAAUUAUUGCGACUUCUACCUGAUAUUACUGGGUUGUGAUUAGUAGUUAAUUUAUUGAAACAUCUGUAAUAGCGUUCCUAAAAUUUCAAUUGAAAAGGACAGAUAAUGACAAUACAAACGGCUAUGAAACCUUAUGAUGAAUAGGAAAAUGAAGAUUUCAUUCAGUUAA